AUGCUCCCUGCUGCUGUUUAUCUGCUGAUAUGGAAUGUGCAGACUUCUGCAGGCCACUUUCCCCGAGCCUGUGCCUCUUCCAAGAACUUGAUGGAGAAGGAAUGCUGUCCAGCAUGGACAGGGGACGGGAGCCCCUGUGGCCAGCUCUCCGGCAGGGGUUCUUGUCAGGAUAUUCUUCUCUCUACUGCCCCACUCGGCUCUCAGUUCCCCUUUAAAGGGGUGGAUGACCGGGAGUCUUGGCCCUCUGUCUUUUAUAAUAGGACCUGCCAGUGUUUUGGUAACUUCAUGGGAUUUAACUGUGGAAAUUGCAAGUUUGGCUUUGGGGGACCAAACUGCACAGAGAGACGACUCUUGGUGAGAAGAAACAUUUUUGAUCUGAGUGUUCCAGAAAAGGAUAAAUUUCUUGCAUACCUUACUUUAGCAAAGCACACGAUCAGUCCCGACUAUGUCAUCCCUACAGGCACCUACGGCCAAAUGAAUAACGGCUCAACACCCAUGUUCAGAGACAUCAACAUUUACGACCUCUUUGUCUGGAUGCAUUAUUAUGUGUCCAGGGACACGUUUCUUGGAGGGUCGGAAGUCUGGAAAGACAUUGAUUUUGCUCACGAAGCCCCGGGUUUUCUGCCUUGGCAUAGACUUUUCCUGCUGUUGUGGGAACAAGACAUCCAGAAUCUGACAGGGGAUGAAAACUUCACUAUUCCUUACUGGGAUUGGCGGGAUGCAGAAAACUGCGGCGUUUGUACAGAUGAGUACCUGGGCGGAAGCAACCCAGAAGACCCUAACCUGCUGAGCCCAGCGUCCUUCUUCUCAUCUUGGCAGAUCAUCUGUAGUCGCCUGGAAGAGUACAACAGCCAGCAGGUUUUAUGUGAUGGGACCCCUGAAGGACCCUUACUGCGCAACCCCGGAAACCACGACAGAGUCCGGACCCCAAGACUGCCUUCCUCUGAAGAUGUGGAACUUUGCCUGAGUAUGACCCAGUAUGAGUCUGGCUCCAUGGAUAAAGCUGCCAACUUCAGCUUUAGAAAUACACUGGAAGGGUUCGCUAGUCCCGUGACUGGGAUAGCAGAUGCCUCCAAGAGCACCAUGCACAAUGCCUUGCACAUAUACAUGAACGGAACCAUGUCACAGGUGCCAGGGUCUGCCAACGACCCCAUUUUUCUUCUUCAUCAUGCAUUUGUUGACAGUAUUUUUGAACAGUGGCUCCGGAGGCACCGCCCUCUUCAGGAAGUCUACCCGGAGGCCAAUGCACCUAUUGGACAUAACCGAGAAUCCUACAUGGUACCUUUUAUACCACUGUUCAGAAAUGGAGAUUUCUUUAUUUCAUCCAGAGAUCUGGGCUAUGACUAUAGCUAUCUACAAGACUCAGACCCGGACACGUUCCAGGACCACCUCCAGCCGUACCUGGAGCAAGCUCGUCGCAUCUGGCCCUGGCUCCUCGGGGCGGCGGGGGUGGGCGCAGUGCUGGCCGCGGCGGUGGGGUGGCUCUCCUGCCUCUGCUGUCGGCCCAAGAGGAGGGGGCUCCCUGCGGAGAAGCGGCCGCUCCUCGCGGAGAAGGGGGACGACCACCUCGUGUUCUACCAGAGCCACUUGUAA